GGGGGUGCUUGUUCCUUCGUCGUAAUCGGAAGCUUGGAUCUGCGUGAAUCGAUCGGAAACUAUGGCGGAAGAACAAAAUCACGAGGAAUCUGCUGCGGCUCCGGAACCGGCGGUGGAAAUCUUGGAGAGGGAAUCGUUGUUGGACAAGAUAUCGGAGAAGAUCCACCACGGCGACGACUCGUCGUCAUCGUCGAGUGACGAGGACGAGAAGGAGGCUUCUUCUCCAUCGUCUCUCAAGGCGAAGGUUUACCGCUUGUUCGGGAGGGAGAAGCCCGUGCAUAAGGUUCUCGGCGGCGGUAAACCCGCUGAUAUAUUCAUGUGGAGGGACAAGAAGAUGUCGGCUAGCGUACUUGGAGGUAUAACAGCGGUCUGGGUGCUGUUCGAAUUGAUGGAGUAUCAUCUUCUCUCGCUACUCAGUCACGUUUUGAUCGUUGUUCUUGCGGUGUUGUUCAUAUGGUCUAAUGCCAGCAUGUUCAUUAACAAAUCCCCUCCAAAAAUUCCGGAAGUACACAUCCCUGAAGAACCAAUCCUGCAGCUUGCAUCUGGGCUCAGAAUCGAGAUCAACCGUGCAUUCACUUGUCUUCGUGACAUUGCAUCCGGAAGAGAUCUCAAGAAGUUUCUGACUGCUAUUGCCGGCUUGUGGGUGCUAUCAAUCGUUGGAGGAUGUUGCAACUUCUUGACACUGUCCUAUAUCGGUAUGGUGAUGCUCUUCACAAUCCCUGUUCUGUACGAAAAGCACGAAGACAAGGUGGAUGCGUAUGGGGAGAAAGCUAUGGUAGAGAUGAAGAAGCAGUAUGCAGUGUUGGACGAGAAGGUAUUGAGCAAGAUCCCGAGGGGACCAUUGAAAGGCAAGAAGAAGGAUUAGGACACUCUCACAACAUAAAGACUUUGUCUGUUUUUGCUUUUGGAAAUGGUGUUGUGAAAUCGUGAUGUAGUUAUCAGUUAGAUCUUUGGGAUUUGAAUGAACUUGGAAAUCUUCUGAUACUUGUUUUUUUUUUUUCUUUUGGGUUUUGUUUCUGUGAAACUUUCUUGUUGACUUAUAUGCAUUCAAGCAACUUUUUUUUUUGUUA